UGGGGAGGAAGAGACAAAAAGUAGUUUUUUCCCCUCCUCCUUCCUCCUCCUUUCUCUUGCUAAUCCCGCCUCCUCAGAGUUAGGAAGACUCGGCGUCGUGUUUGGGUUGUGGCUAGGUUUUUUUCUUUCUCCUUUUUUUAAUACCUAGAAAAGGAAAAACAAGAGCCCUCGGAUCUGAUUUUCCGCUCCUCGUUCUUGCGCUUGGUUCUUACAGUGCUGUGUGUUUUAAAGGCGAGAAGACGAGGGGGAACAAAACCCGCCGGAUCUGUCCAUCACUGUGGGUGGUUUUAAUUUUUCGUUUUUCUCAUUAAAUUUUUUAAACCGACCACUCUUCACAAUGAACAAACUGUACAUUGGAAACCUCAGCGAGAACGCCGCCCCCUCGGACCUAGAAAGUAUCUUCAAGGACGCCAAGAUCCCGGUGUCGGGACCCUUCCUGGUGAAGACGGGCUACGCGUUCGUGGACUGCCCGGACGAGGGCUGGGCCCUCAAGGCCAUCGAGGCGCUCUCAGGUAAAACGGAACUGCACGGGAAACCCAUAGAAGUUGAACACUCGGUCCCCAAAAGGCAAAGGAUUCGGAAACUUCAGAUACGAAAUAUCCCGCCACACUUACAAUGGGAGGUGCUGGAUAGUUUACUAGUCCAGUAUGGAGUGGUGGAGACCUGUGAGCAAGUGAAUACUGACUCGGAAACUGCAGUCGUAAAUGUCACCUACUCCAGUAAGGACCAAGCUAGACAAGCCUUAGACAAGCUGAAUGGAUUCCAGUUAGAGAACUUCACCUUGAAAGUCGCCUACAUCCCCGACGAAGCAGCUGCCCAGCAGACCCCCUCACAGCAGCCCCGCGGCCGCCGUGGGCUGGGGCAGAGGGGCUCAUCGAGGCAAGGGUCUCCAGGAUCGGUGUCCAAACAGAAACCGUGUGACUUACCUCUGCGCCUGCUGGUUCCCACACAGUUUGUCGGAGCCAUCAUAGGAAAAGAAGGCGCCACCAUUCGGAACAUCACCAAACAGACCCAGUCCAAAAUCGAUGUCCAUCGUAAAGAGAAUGCAGGGGCUGCUGAGAAGUCAAUUACUAUCCUCUCUACUCCGGAAGGCACCUCUGCAGCUUGUAAGUCUAUUCUGGAGAUUAUGCAUAAGGAAGCUCAAGAUAUAAAAUUCACAGAAGAAAUCCCACUGAAGAUUUUAGCCCAUAAUAACUUCGUUGGCCGUCUUAUUGGUAAAGAAGGAAGAAACCUUAAAAAAAUUGAGCAGGACACAGACACUAAAAUAACAAUAUCUCCAUUACAGGAGCUGACGCUGUACAAUCCGGAGCGCACCAUUACUGUUAAAGGCAGUGUUGAAACGUGUGCCAAAGCUGAAGAAGAGAUAAUGAAGAAGAUCAGGGAAUCUUAUGAAAACGAUAUUGCUUCCAUGAAUCUUCAAGCACAUUUAAUUCCUGGUUUAAAUCUGAAUGCCUUGGGUCUGUUCCCACCCACUUCAGGGAUGCCGCCUCCCACCUCAGGGCCCCCUUCAGCGAUGACGCCUCCCUAUCCACAGUUCGAGCAAUCAGAAACGGAGACUGUGCACCUGUUCAUCCCAGCCCUAUCAGUCGGCGCCAUUAUCGGCAAGCAGGGCCAGCACAUCAAACAGCUUUCUCGCUUUGCAGGAGCUUCAAUUAAGAUUGCUCCAGCUGAAGCGCCAGAUGCUAAAGUGAGGAUGGUGAUCAUCACUGGGCCACCAGAGGCUCAGUUCAAGGCUCAGGGAAGAAUUUAUGGAAAAAUUAAAGAAGAAAAUUUCGUUAGUCCUAAAGAAGAAGUGAAACUUGAAGCUCAUAUCAGAGUGCCAUCCUUUGCUGCUGGCAGAGUUAUUGGAAAAGGAGGCAAAACGGUGAAUGAACUCCAGAAUCUGUCAAGUGCUGAAGUUGUUGUCCCUCGUGACCAGACACCUGAUGAGAAUGACCAAGUGGUUGUCAAAAUAACUGGUCACUUCUAUGCUUGCCAGGUUGCCCAGAGAAAAAUUCAGGAAAUUCUGACUCAGGUAAAGCAGCACCAACAGCAGAAGGCUCUGCAAAGUGGACCACCUCAGUCAAGGCGGAAGUAAAGGCUCAGGAAAAGCCCACCACAGAGGCAGAUGCCAAACCAAAGACAGAUUGCUUAACCAACAGACGGACUUUGACCCCAUCCAGAAUCACAUGCACAAGUGUUACCUAGCCAGUUGUUUCUGAGGACCAGGCAACUUUUGAACUCCUGUCUCUGUGAGAAUGUAUACUUUAUGCUCUCUGAAAUGUUUGACACCCAGCUUUAAAAAGAAAAAGAAAAGAAAAAUAAGGGGGAGAGAGAGAAAGAAGAGCUCUGCACUUCCCUUUGCUGUAGUCUCACAGUAUGAUGAAUAUUCUAAUUUUUCUUAGUAUUCCCCCAUAGUGCCAGAAAUUGGCUUAAAUGGUGCAUUCACUAAAGUCAUCAAAUAAAAAGAUUGCUCCUACAUCCAAUUGUUAAAAUUGGAUCAGAAUAGAAUUAUCACAGGAACUUGACAUGUUAAGCCAUUAGCGUAGAAAAACUGUUGUUUUAUUUUUAAUCUAACACUAACACAACCUAAGGGAAGUGCUGAAUGGUGUUGGCAGGGGUAUUAAAUGUGCAUUUUUACUCAACUACCUCAGGUAUUCAGUAAUACAGUGAAAAGCAAAAUUCUUUUUUUGAAAAUUUUAUAUACUUUAUAAAGAUAAAAGUCCAACUGUUUUUUAAAAAAUAAAUGUAAAAUUUAACAGCUGUCAGCUAACAGGCAAAUAAGUGAAAAAGAAAUUUUACUUCUGGCUGGUGACAGUAAAGCUGGAAAAUUUCAGGUUUUUUGAGGCUUCUGACACAGUUAUUAGUUGAAAAUCCAGUAAAUGUUCAAAGAUAUAGAGCAGUGCCUAUAUUUGGAGAGCAGCAAUGCCACUUAUUACUUUGUAUAGUUGAAAUGUUUUUGGUGGUACUAACAGCAAAGUGGUGGCGGCAGGAGGUUUUGGAACAUCUAGUUUAAAUGGCUUUAGGAGACUUCAGGUUUUUUGAUUAGCUAUACGAUUGAAUACGUAAAUGCUUUGUGCUUUGACUAUCUACCUGAAGAAGUGUAUUGAUAGAGAUGUAGGACUUCAAACAGACAAAAAAGCAAGCUUCAACUUGUCUUACAGGACACUUAGUUUGCCAGUAACCUUCAGACCAAUUGGUCUGCACUUGAGCAAACGCCAAAACAAUUGGUUUGUGAAAAGUAACAGAAUAGUGACAGUGUUUAAAGUAACAAAAGGCUACAUUUCUUUGUGCCUGGCACUGUAAUGAGCAUUGCUAAUCUAUUUUUAAGCAAUGGACGAUUUUUCUUAAGUCCACAUAAAAUAGUACAUAGAAUAUAGCAGGAUUUCCGUACACCCUGUGCCCAGUUAUCUGAAAGUAAGUCAGAAGGUGGAGGACUCAACGAAAAUGUUUUGGGAAUGCAAUUUCAGUGACUGAAAACACCUAUCUUUGAAACUGAACUCAUUUACCCAUUCCUUAACUUGAUGGCAAAGCCCAGGAUUGUACAGUUGUGUGGAUGGUCUUGGAAGCUACGCUGCUCUCUGAAUUGUUUUUCUGUUCUUUUCCUUCAUAAGAUGAUCACAGUUGUCUCAUUACACUGAUCUGAAGGGCAUUAUAUAACCCUUUAAAACACACUGCCUCAUUUGUAUUUCAAGAUCAAUUUCUACAUAGACUAGUUAAGGUUCAUGCAGACUCAGUUUUUCUGAAGAUCAGCAAUAUCAAUUAGACAUUUUGAAAGUCGUUUUCCUAAAUAUUUUCAGAAAACCAGUUUUAUUUUGUAGUUUUAGCCGAAAAGUGCCCUUUUUUGUCACUGAAUUUACCUAACGUAAUUUUUUUUUUCAUACAAUGAAUUUAAAUUGCUGAAAAAUCAUGAACUGGCUUUCUUGUUGGAAUUCAGAUGAUAUGUGCUUAAUUAAGGCCAGAGCUCUUCCUCAAAUUUUGAUUUUUCUAAUACCUGAUUUAAAAAAAAAAUACAGGUAGGUGCUGCAUUUAUAUCUGCUCGUAUAAAUUCUGCCAUAUUUUUCACUUCUAUCCUUUUAGUGUGGCAAAUCAUGUUUUCCUUUCACUUUAGCAUUGGUAAUUUGGAGUAUCUGGUACUAGCUAAGAAAUACUUCUGUAAUUGGGUCUUGUACUUACCAUAUAUGGAUCAUUCCUCAUCUAUAAAGUGCCCCAAGUGCAGCUUCAUUUUCCAGAUACCCUGAUGCAGAAUAAAAUUUUUCAUCAUUA